AUGGUGAUUUUCAGGUCUCUCAAAUCAAUACUCAGAAACUCAAACACCAUAGCUCGAAACUUCCUCAUUCCAACAACAUCAACAACAAUCACUCUUCCCUUUUCUCCAUUACUGCACAACGCGCUUUUCCCCCUUCCUUUGCACCACAACGGCCCUCUCUUCCUCGCUUCUCCGCCCUGGAAACUCUCUCAGUCUGCAACCCCUCUUUAUCAUCACCCUAAAGCCGUCGUUUUUCGUCACAAGGUCAACGCCAUCAACCUCAAUUUGAUUCGAAUCACAACAAGAACCCCUUUACCACUCCACAAUUAUGUUGAAUCCAAUUCCAACUCCAACUCCAAUCAAUCUCAUCAACAAACACUUCUAUACACUUUCCUCAAUGCGCCAAAUCUCAUAUCUAUUUCUCGAUUAAUUUCGGGUCCUUUUCUUGGAUGGAUGAUAGUGAAUGAUAUGUAUACUCCAGCAAUGGUGGGGUUGGCUAUCUCUGGAGCUUCUGAUUGGCUUGAUGGGUAUGUGGCUAGGAAGAUGAAGAUUGAUUCUGUAGUAGGUUCCUACCUUGAUCCCCUUGCUGAUAAGGUUCUUAUUGGUUGUGUUGCCGUUGCAAUGGUUCAUCAAGAUCUACUGCAUCCUGGACUCGUUGGACUUGUUGUGUUCCGAGAUGCCUUCCUUGUCGGUGGUGCAAUAUUUCAAAGAGCUAGUAGCUUGGGUUGGAAGUGGAAAAGCUGGUUUGAUUUUUUUAACCUCGAUGGGACCGGUCGCCAAAAAGUCAAACCACUCUUUAUAAGCAAGGUGAAUACAGUGUUCCAGUUAGCGUUAGUUGCUGCAGCUCUUCUUCAACCCGAUUUCGGAACCCCAGAAACUCAAUCAUACCUUACUUAUCUAAGCUGGUUAGUCGCUUCCACAACAGCGGGAUCUAGCGCGGCUUAUGGUUUACAAUAUAUGAAAAGAUCUGCAGUUGUAUUAAAGUCGACAUAG